AUGAGGUUGCCCGUGUCAGGUGCCGCUGGACAGCCACAUCGCCGCGGGACCACUGAAUGUCAGGAAAUUGGCCACUCCCUUGCUUCAAUCACAACAUGCGUCGCUUCAAGAUUCCCAUUGAUAUGCUGGACGAACCCCUUCGGGUGGAGACAUCCAUUCGUAAAACAGCCCGGGGGCAAGUUCAAAAGGUCAAAUACCAUCGCAUGGAGGCAGACCUCCCUACGACAACUCCUGCAGCUGCCACCCUCCCAACUCCUGCCCAAGAGAUCAACAAUCUUGGUGAAGGGUAUGACCAAGAUGCCACAGUCAUCCCCCUGCAUCAAAGGACAUCGGGAAAGGACCAGUGCUCUCUGGGAAACUGGAUUGAUUUUCAAUCUGUGCCAUGGUGGUAAUCCUUGCCCACGAUUGGCAGAAUCUGAAAUGGAAGAGAAUUCCAGGCAAGACCAACAGUGGAUUUCUAGGAUUGUUGGCCCCGCGGGAGGUGGAGCCACCGCCGCCGGGGAGACCAAUUCCACUGAAGCCCCCGCCCGCGGCGUGGAAACAAUCCUGGAUCCUCUUACCGUCGGGUCAGACAAUAGCCCCGUGGCAAGGACAUCGAUGGCCGCGGGACCAAUCGAGACCCCCGCGGGAGGUAACGCAGCCGCGGGACCAGUCGCUUCCCCGGCGGAAAAUGCCUUGGAAAGCGUCACCGUCGGAGGUAAGAAUGUGGACACUCAGUACGGUGGUGGUGGAGGUACCAACAUUCCAGACCUCAAUACCCGAUUGGGCAAGGCUGCCCUGGAGCUAUUUGGUGAUGACAAGGGAGAAGGAGAUGUUGAUGAAGGUUAUGACUCUGAAGACAUCGACAAUGUGGAGUCAGAAAGUUCCGAACAAGACCUUCAUGAUGAUGAUGCUGAGAAUGUUACCGACCAUGCCACAAAUGAGUAUUAUGAAAGAAUGAAAGGCUUCGAUACCCCCCCUCAGCCUGUUGGCGAAGAUCCGCUUGGUAAUCCUUUCAUAACAGUUGUUGACACCAAUGGCCUUCAUCAUCUUCCCAUUCACUAUUGCAUGUGCCCUUCUUCACGACCAAGGGAUGAGCAGUUGUUACAGGAAAGGCUCUUUCCCAGCAGCUUCACCUCCAUCAGGACCGUCUUCACAUUCCGAGUUUUGGAUGAUUUCCGUAUGACUAACUUGUGUUGCAAAAGUUCCUGUUACCAAUAUUUUCUGAAACUUCGACGGUUAACAUGCCCUACAUUUCCCAAAUCAGUGCCACUGGAGAAAUGGCAUAUGGCUGUGCUUCCUGUCCCCAACCUGGAACCAACUUACCAGACAACUGGAAAGAGGAACCAGAUCAAUGGAAAUUUCUCGGCUGAUCACCUGAAGCAGAAAAAUCCACUGGAUGAUGUCCCAUUGACCAGUGGUGAGGGGAUGAUGACCAACCAGACACGAUACAAAAGCUACCUUGCCCACCCAAUGGCAAUACCCCAACCCCGCCUGAGGUGGGCAAAUGGAACUUCCGUUGCCGUCGGCCAGUGCCUUAGUCUACCGCGGGCUAUGCUUGCCGUCGGCCAGUUGCGGCAGAGCACCUCGCAUGCUUGCCGCGGGCAGACAUCAGGUGGAACUAGCGCUGCCGUCGGGCAGUGCUGGGUGCCUCAAUCUACCGCGGGCUGCGCCUGCCGUCGGCCAGCUCCAGCGGAGCAUUUCCCUGCCGCGGGCUCAUUCGGUUGUGAUGUGACUGGCAUUGCUGCUUUUGCAUGUGCCAGAUCCGGUGCCUUCAUUCUGGGAAGUGUGGUUGAUUUUCAAAAGGGCGAACAUCAAAUGAACAUUGACUAUGCAUUGUGUGGAAAGGUAAUGGUGAUAUAUGAUGUGAUGUGUCAAUACCAUGUCCACCUCUGGAAGAGAAUUUCUGAGAACCCCUUCCUCUCUUUUCCGGAAAAGUUGCAGCUGUUUGCUGCAAUCGGUCUCUUCCACGUCCAUGGUCAUCGGGAUGAAUGCCUCUUCAGGUUUGCCACCUCCUUCAUUCCAGGUGCUGGGAUGGUUGACGGCGAGAUCCUGGAAUCUCUGUGGUCCCAACUUAAUGACAUUUCCCGGAGUACUCGGACCUCCACUUUGGCCCACAGAUCAGAAGUUCUUGACAACCAUAUGAAUUACAGCAACUGGAAUAAAAUGGUCAACAUUGUUUCUUCUGUUAUUUCAAAGUACAAGAAGUCUGUCGUGGGUUUGGUGGACAGCCAGGAGUACUUUGAGCAAUUGAAUCACUCUGCUUUGCCUUCAGAUGUUGUAAAGUGGACUGAGGACAUUAGGCAUGCCAAAAAACAACGGGAAAGAGGUAAUCUGAAAGCUAUGGAUAUCAUGGAACCAGCCAAACCAGCAAAUUAUGAAGGCAAGUCCUCCAUUUUUCCAUUCCGUUUUCUGGAGGGUCCCGCGGCUAUCUUGCUGUCUGCCGCCGGCGAUAGGCCCGACGGGGAUACAGGUGUCGCCGACGCUCCCAAGUCAACCGCAGAUGUCCAAUUGGACCUUAUGGAGCAGGAAGCUGCUGCAACAGGGGAAACUGGACAAACGUCGUGGAUAGCUACAGGGCUCAAAAUUGAAGAAUCACAGAUUGAUCUUCGUUGCUUCAUCCGAAGGCUUGGCUCACACCCGACCACCGCUCAAAAGCUUGAGAUUGCCAAGAAACGGGAGAGGCUAAGGUCCCGUGUGGAUACGUUCAACAGGACGGCAUGGAAUUUCAUCGGUCAAAAUAUUCAACAGUCUCUCUCUGAGAAUGUCACCCUUCUUGUUGAAGAGUUUGACAUGGAUGACAUGCUCCAAAUCGAUGAUCCACUCCCUACCGAUAAUACUGGCACAGGCCCGACGGCUACCUUUGCCGCGGGAUGCCCGACGGGCCAACUUACCUUGGAACAGAUUGCUCUGGCUAAGGCCAGUCGUGCCUUUGCUGCCACUCGGUCAGCCACUGAAGCCGUUGAACAUGUCAAAAUUCCAUUGCCAUCUACUUUCGGAGCUGCGAUGCUGCAUUCCAGACAGUUGGAAUCACUCCUAUGGAAAGAGUAUCAACUCCGACAAGGUCAGGCCAAUGAUGCUCUGCAGGGUGUUCGGGUGUCGAUUGCGAAUCUCUCGUUUGAGUAUUCGAAGAAACUCCGAAAGAUCAAGAAAAGCAAGGUGAAGAAAACAAGAGCCUGGGCGGGGAUACAAUCUGUUGGGAGAGUGCUUCAUCAUCACAGAUUGCUUUAUGCCCAUGCGGUGAGAGCAUUGGAGAAAUUAGGGGACCCUGACAGAACCAUUGGGACUCUUUACAAACCAUUGGAGGUGAAGGACAUGCAAGCUAACACUGCCAUUGCAGAUCCCAAUGCUCCCGGGCAACGUAACAUGCGGCCUGCUUGGUUCUGGGGCUCUGACCUUUCUGGCAACAUGGAAGAUAAUUCCAGAAUGGUUGAAUUUCACAGGGUGAACUGGCUUCGUGUGCGGGCACGAUAUCAUCGUUGGAGAGAAGAAUUUAAUAUAACAUCACACGAGAUGGAAUGGGUUACGAGAUAUUUUUUAUUCCAGACGAGGAAAUGGGCAGGAUGGAGGGAAUUAGCUAGGGGUGAAGGGAAGGAUGGCCAUGUCUGUUACGCUGAGGGGCAGAUGGAUAUCUGGAUGAGGCUUGCUGAAGAUGCCAACAAACGAUUUUCCAUUGCAAACUUUCAUUAUCAAUGUGGCCAGCAGUGUACAUCGGGCGGGAUGACACUCCGCCGUUAUCACACCGUCGGCACCAAUUUUAUCACGCCGUCGGCACUGGCAUCACCGCGCUGUACCGCGGCGCCUGUCGCGGCAUUCUUCCAAUUGUUUCCCCGCGGCGUUGUAACCGUCGUAAUAACCGUCACCGCCAUGUGUGGAUCACAUGACCAUAUUGCUCUCGAUCAGAUUAGAAACAUUGCUUUUGAAGACAAGGAAGACUCUUGGACAGAAUCCCCUGAGAAACACAUGUGGUGGACAAAGGGUCUCCGUGCAGAGGGUGAAAGACUGGCAUUGGCCAUCGGCUAUCAUGUUGCUGAUGGUAGUGUUGUCAAAAUCCCUGCUUGGGUAAGUUCUUUCAUGCACGCAACUCAUGUCCAAGACAAAGAGUUCGCUAUACUGCCACCCCUGGACCUCCUCCCCAAUACCACAUAUCCCGACGACCCCAGCCGCAUCGUUUCAUCCUACCACGCAGAUUGGUGGAACACCGAAGAGAACCCCUGCCUUCCCAAACCUUACUCCAAGGAAGAGAUGAAGGCCUUUGAUGCUUGGCUACAAUUGGUUGAUCAGCCUCUCAGUAUUGAUUCACAAUCACGUCCCUUAGGACCGAUUCCUCAAGAUAUCAGUGCAUCCGCGGCACGCGCCUUCAAGUGUCUACAGAGUGCUCUCAUUAGAAUUGAGGUAGUUAUGGCAAACUGGAGGGAUGCAAGGAAGGCAGCUCGUUGGCGCAUAGGAACUUUGGAAGCCUUGUUGGAAAAGGUGCACCAGGGUUCCACUAUCUGCGGUAGGAGAAACCUCCAGUCCAUCGUUGGAGCCAUUGCUUCCAUCAAUCGCACCACGGGGAUCUACUCUGUCCGAGGGGCCACCGCGGUCCCCUGGGUACACCGUGCCGCGGAGGCUUUCUCCACUUGGAGUGCCGUGGGGGACUCCGCUGCAACCGCCGCAUGCACCGCGGGGACCCUCUCCCUUGGAUGGUAUGGUUGUUGA